AAAGUAGGGGGACACGUAUCAACAACCUCUUGAAUCAAACCGCCACCACCAUGAGCUUUAAAGACAUCUUCCUCCACCCUCUCUGUUCUAUGAACUUCAUUUACACUCAGCAAAUCCAUUACCAGAGCAUACCCACCGAAAUAAUAUCAUAAUAUGGCUUCUGAGCAAGCUAUCAGGAGUGAUUUAAUCACAGCCGAUCGAGACGAAGUUCAUGUUGAGAAAGAAAGGGUUCCCAAGAUGACUCAGCACUUCGAAUCUCUUGCCGAGAAAGUCAGAGAACCUGACCUUGGUAACUAUGAUUCUCAUUCUGGCAAAGUCAACCAAGCGGAAGCCCGUUUCAAGGAAGGAAGAGAGCCAUUCGGUAUUGCCAAAGUUGGCCAUCACGGAGGCCCGCUGCAGCAAAGUAAUACAGGCAACGUUGAUGUGGUUGCUGAGCAAGGAAGAGAGUCACAAGGUGUUGCAGGUACCACAAAGAACGAAGUCCAUUCCGGGCAAGGUAGUCUUACUGGCAGAGUCGAUGUAGGUGGGAUAAAACCAAUCGGAAAAAUGGAAAGUGUUGGAAAAGAAAGAGACUCAAAAUUGGCUGGUACAAGAGACACUCAAUCUGAUGAAUGGAAGGAAUCGAGAUUCUCUGCUGCAGAAGAAGCUCGUGGAGAGAAACAGAGAGCAUCAAGUAUAACUGGAGAUAAAGGAGGGCGUAGCGAGAAAGAGCAACCCACAGCUCAGGACAUGGGAAAUUACCAAACAAUAGCACAACAGGCUUCUGCAGAGGCCAUCAGAAGGAGAGCGGAAAAGCUAAAUGAGAAGGCCAAGGAGUUGGUUGCGAUGACACGCCAGCAGGGAGUUCAAAGGGAGGCAGAGCAUGGAACGGAGAAAGGCUCCAUUACUGGGGUCACCCGCCCAGAAGAGGAUCAACGAGGCUAUUAUGAUGAUAAUAACAAAGAGAAGUCUCAGGCUCAGCAGCAGGGAUAUGUUGGUGCAAAGGAUACCAUCGCUGGUAUUGGCAAGACUGCUAUGGAUUACACUCUGCAAGCGGCGGCACAAGCCAAGGACACAACCGUGAACGUUGGCAAGAGUAUUGCAAGCUCUGUGGGAGAGAAGAACGCUGAAAACAAAGACACCGCCACGCAGAGAGUUCAAAGGGAGACCACAUCUGGACCGGAAAAAAGUCGCACCACCAACGAGCUCACCGGUCCAGAAGGGGGUCAACAAGGCCAUGAAGUACAUGAUAAUAACAAAGAGAAGUCUCAACAGCAGGGAUAUGUUGCUGCAAAGGAUACCAUCGCUGGUGCUGGCAAGACUGCCAUGGACUACUCUCUACAGGUGGCCACGCGAGCAAAGGACACAGCCGCGAACGUUGGCAAGAGUGUUGCAAGUUAUAUGGGAGAGAAGAAUGCUGAAAAUAAAGAAAGGAAAACCGAGUCUGGACCGGAGAAAGGCCCCACCAACGAGGUCACUAGUCCAGAAGAGGGCCAACAAGGCAAUGAUAAUACUACAGAGAAGUCUCAGCAGGUCUAUGCUGCUGCAAAGGAUACCAUCGCUGGUGCUAGUAAAAAUGCUAUGGACUACACGCUGCAGGGGGCUGCAAAAGCCAAGGACACGGCCGUGAGCAAUGGCAAGAAUAUUGCAAACUAUGUGGGAGAGAAGAAUGCUGAAAACAAAGAUGCUUCCGCGCAGAGAGUUCAAAGGGGGGCACAAUCUGGAGAGGGUCAACAAGACCAUGAUAAUAACGAAGAGAAGUCUCAGCAAGGCUCUGUUGCUGCAAAGGAUAUAAUCGCUGGAGCUAGCAAGACUGCUAUGGACCAUACGCAGCAGGCGGCUGCGAUAGCCAAGGACACUGCCGUGGGUGUGAGCAACAAUAUUGCUAGCUAUGUUGGACAGAUGAAUACUGGAAACGAAGACACUACCACGCAAAAUGUUCAAAGGGAAGACGAGUCUAGACCUGAGAAAGGCCCCACUAGUGAGGUCACCGGUCCAGAGGAGGAGGGUCAACAAGGCAAUGAUAAUAUCAAAGACAAGUCUCAGCAAAGCUAUGUUGGUGCAAAGAAUACCGUCGCCGCUGCUGGUAAAACUGCCAUGGACUACACACUGCAGGCGGCCGUGAAAGCCAAGGACACUGCCUUGAUUAUUAGCAACAGUAUUGCAAGUUAUGCCGGUGAGAAAGCAGCGGUAGCCAAGGAUGUCACGCUUGAAAACAGUAAAAAGGUAGGAGGUUUAGCUGGCCAGAAAACCGUGGAAGCGAAGGAUACAGCCGUGGACACCGCCGGGAGAGUUAGCAAAAGCAUUGCAAGUUACACCGGUGAGAAAGCAGCGGUAGCCAAGGAUGUCACGCUUGAAAGUAGUAAGAAGGUAGGAGGGUUAGCUGGCCAGAAAGCUGUGGAAGCAAAGGAUGCAGCAGCAAAAACAGGUUGGGCCGCAGCGCGCUAUGCAUCUGAGAAAGCGGCUCUGGCAGCUAACGCAGCUGCGCUGUACACAGCGAAGAAAGAAAUAGAAGCUAACCAACCAUCUGAAACACGGGAAAAGUUUGCAGCAAUGGCCGAGGGCAAAGGAGGGGAGGAUCAAGAUAUUGCUACAAAAUUUAAAGAGACGGUGGGAAUACAGAGCGGACCUACUGAAGAAACCAAGCAAGAGGAGGAUGAAGGUGGAUUAUUGAGUGCUGUUGGCGAAACUGUUGUUGAAAUUGCACAAUGCGCCAAAGACCUCGUUAUAGGCCAGGAGCCUGGGGAUGAGACUAAGCAUGAGUAGAUCUGGAUAUGUAAUUAGAGAUAGGAAUAUACAGAACGAUAUAAUAGUGUGUCCUUUGUUGUA